AUGUACCGAGAAUCAGAACAUACUCGUGAGUCUGAUUUGAAAUACUACCAGCGUAGAUAUUUCAAUGAGUUGAAAGAUGAUUACUAUAAGCUCGAAAUCUCUGACUCGACAUUUAGGUGUCCGUUCUGUUUCAACAAGGAUUAUUAUUCUCUGAGUGAGCUUUUGAGACAUGCUUCAAGGAUUGCUGGUGACUUGCAUGGCGAGACUGUGAAGGAAAUCGCUAAGCACUCUGCCCUUGAAAGGUAUCUUGACUUUAGAAUUUCUGAAGAUAAGUCGCAUGAUAGGAAUGUUGAUACUGAUAAGUCACCUCGAGUGAAUGUUUCUGAUAGUAAGUCACUUAGUGUGAGUAUUGAUAAGGCACAAUCAGUUAAUGCGAAUACUGUUAAGGAUCGGUCAUGUGAUGUGGGUAUUGCUAAGAAUAAGUCACCCACUGAUGUUGUGAAUACUGCUGAAGAUGAGUUUGUCUGGCCUUGGAUGGUAGUUCUGGCAAACAAUGUUACAAACUAUGACCCGAAGUUUGGAAAGUAUAUAGGUAAGAGUCAUAAGAAAAUUAAGGAUGAUCUGUACGCUAAAGGGUUUCAGCCACUGAAAGUUACUGGACUGUGGAAUAAUAAAGGGCAAACACCGUUUGUGAUUGUUGAAUUUGGAAAAGAAUGGGAUGGUUUCAACAAUGCUUUGAAGCUAGAAAGCAGUUUUGAAGUAGAACAUUGUGGUAAGAGAGAUUACUUGGGUUUAAGGGAGCGAGGAGAUAAACUCUUUGGGUGGAUGGCACGUAGAAAUGAUUAUAAUUACAGGGAUAUUGUGGGAAAACACCUCCGGGAAAAUGGGGAUUUGAAAACUGUUUCUGGAAAAUAA